GAGAGAAGCGAUCAAAUGGAUCUCUCCAUGAUCCUGAGUCCUGCCCUCGAGGAGGAGCAGUCAGCGCCGCGCGCACCUCCCCUUCGCCAGGAGCCGGAGCCUAGUCGCAAGUGGAGCGCUGACGAGCUCCAGUGUGCCGUGGCGAUCCUCCAGGACUUCCAGCAACCGUCGACUGAUUCGCCUGUGGCUUCGCAGGUUGAGGUGCGCCACAGAGACGACAUCAAACAGACGCCGUACUACAAUCAUCAGGAGCUAAAGUACAGUCAGGGCGAAUACAAAGAGGAGGAACGAGAACCUCUAAAUCCGAUCUUCGCUCGGCCAGCCGACGAUGGCGUCCCAUCGGCUGCUGCCAGGAGCCGCCUGAGCGGAGAGGAAACCAAAAAGAGAACAACUCAGGUGCAAAAUCUCUCUUCCGCUGCCUGGGAAGAAGACAACUUGUCCAAACUAGACCUGCUAGUCCAGGCUGAUGCUGUCAUCAAACGUCGCCCUCCCAAGACACCAUCCUCGCCCUCAUCAAACUAUCUGCGCAGUGGGGUCUGGUCUCUUGCUGAAGAAGAGUACGCCGCAGCUCUCGUGUCAUUCUUCCUUGAAGGACUGUUGGACUUGCCUGAGGGCUUGACGCUCCGCAAGUUCUUGGCCGAGAAGUUACGCUGCAACCGCCGUCGUGUCUCGAUGAAACUUGGAACCGAGUCACUAGCUGGUCGGAAAAUCCCAAGGAAGGUUGGAGCUUCGGUGUUUGUAGCUGCCAAUCCUGCUCCAAGUGAGGAGGUACGACUGGAAGUGGAGUGCGAGUUAGCUGAGCUCCGAGAGGCCAACUUUACUUCCAGUCUAGUGAGCAGCCGUCGUUACUGCCGAGAAGAAGAUGCCGUUUAUUCGCGGCAGCGCAGGGUGUAUAAGAUGGGUGUAUAUGGAGACGACGACGACGUCGAUGAUCUCCGUCAUUACCGGAAGGCACUUGACCAUGGCUACAAGAGUAAAAGAGGACAAAAUGACUUGAAGUCCAAGCGUGGCAAGCCUACUAUCAUCCGCACAGGUUUCGAGUCGCCCGAAGAAGAAGAGUUCGUCACCACGCUGUUCGAGUAUUUUACUGCUGGAUCGCUGGAUCUGCCUGAAGGCACUAAGCUCGUGACCUACCUGUGCCAACAGCUAGACUGCACGCCGAAGCAAUUGUCGAUGAAGCUCGCUCCACAGCGCAUGGGUGAAUGCAAAUUUCCGAAUAACGUCGGCUCGAUUACGUACGUGCGCAAGGUCACGGGAACAUGCAAUGCCUCGUUGGAUAGCUCGGGCGACGAUGACUUCUCGGAGGAACUGUUUGAAGUGGAAAGCCGCAUCACAGAGCUACGUCUUGCUCACGAGGAAGCGCAUAAGAAAGUCCCUCCUCCGGUGGCUAUACCAGUAAAAUGUGAGCGUAAGCUCAGCACUGCUAGUAUAUCUAGCGCGGGAACAGCCAGCAUGGUCAGUUCGCCUAGUGUGAGUCCCGUACGUGUAUUCCGACGCAGCGGUCCGUGGUCGCACGAUGAAGAAGUUUACGCGGCUGCUCUUAUCGAUUCCUUUUUUAAGGGUGUGCUGGAUGUUGCCGAAGGUACUACGCUCCGAGCGUUUCUGUCGUCGCGACUGUGCUGCAAUCCCAUGCGCAUCUCGAAGAAGCUCGCCAGCGAAUCCAUCGCAGAGAUCCCGAUCCCAAAAAAACUGGGGAGCUCAACGUACGUGCGUAAUGUUGAAGUGACCCCGGAGGAGCAGGCUGCGGCAGAAGAUGUUCUGCGUAGUCUACAGCGUGUUUACAUGCACUCGAGUCCGACCAAGAGGAGAGGCACCUUAGGCUCCAAACGCCAAUAUCAAUCUCGUGGCCGGCGCGCCCGAGCACUGGUGAGCGCCCUAAAUACGGACUCGGAUGGCACGGAGUCAGACUCCGAUGCGCGCAGUGUUGCAUUUCCCGGAACGAGCCCCGGAAAGCUUCAAAAGACUGCAAAAACCCACUCUCCAGCCCAGGAAGCGCGACGGCAACGCUUCAAUGCCGCUCCUGACCUAGUAGUGCCGGCGCCGCUGAAGGAGCAGCUGGCUUAG